UACUUUUGGAGAGCAGCGAGCCGUUCGGAGAGUAUUCGGCUUCAGCUGUUCUUCGCUAGUCGCUCAUUGCUGGAUGUCGGGCUGAUUCUGAGUCACAUGACAGAACCGGAGGCUGAGAUCUAGAGAAAAGCACAUCAUUUCGGGCUUGCACCGCCAUACUGUAUUUUGUGCCAUAUCACAUUUUUAUUGCAACAUUUUACUCCCGCUCGGUGAGUACAUUUCCAAUGGCUUUUUCUAAGCAUUUUUUGUCUUUUUAAUUACUCUUUUUAUUUUUCCUCCUUUUGCUGGUGUUUAAGAUGAUAUUUGAAGUGGUGGUUUUUAGCGUUUUUCCAUCCAGGCUUCAAGUUUUUAGCAUGCAGUGAUUCUGAAUCAUGUGUACCGAGAUGGGUAACGGUUUGCAUCGGGCACUGGAGAUUCGUGCUUGCAGUCUUGUGAAAUCAUGAAACUGGUUUUUCAACCAAGCGGGUUGUCAGUCUAAUAUUUUUCUAAUGUGGUUUUACUGGUGGUUUUCAAACAUUUUUAUUUUUUUGUUUCUGUCGACUUUUGCUGUUGCUAUGCUUUGCUUUGUAUUUUGCAGUGUUGUUUAUACGAGUUUUGUGAUUUUGGUGUCUCGGUGCUCACUGACCAAGCCUUUGCUUUUAUUUUGGUCCUCUUUUCUUUAAAGGAGUCAUUUUUAAACCUGAUGACGUUUUAACUUGAAACUUUUCUUGCAGCUCACUGAUCACAGGUUUGUUUCUUUUUGUGUUUCUUUCAUUUUUUCGAUUUAUUAUACUUUUGCAGAUAUCAGUGUCAAGUAUUUUUGGAAGUAUCAUUUUUCAUAGAUGGUGCUGAGUGGACGAGGAGUGUUUUGAUUCUUGGGUCAAUGCUUUUUUGUUUUCUGUUUCAACGAGGAUGAAAAGACAUUCUCCCUUUGCAGGAGGGCAACCGGAGGAGGAUGACCGGUAAGAUUCAGACCAGCAACGUGACCAACAAGAAUGACCCGCGCUCCCUCAACUCCAGAGUCUUCAUCGGCAACCUCAACACCGCCAUCGUCAAGAAGACCGACAUCGAGGUCAUCUUCGCCAAGUAUGGCAGGAUCGUAGGCUGCUCCGUUCACAAGGGCUUCGCCUUCGUCCAGUACAUCAGCGAGAGGAAUGCUCGCGCCGCCGUGGCCGGAGAAAACGCACGUAUCAUCGCUGGACAGCCGCUCGACAUAAACAUGGCAGGGGAGCCCAAACCGUACCGGCCCAAGCCAGGCUCCAAACGGCCGCUGUCGGCUGUUUACAGUGGUUAUGAAUUUGACUAUGACUACUACAGGGAUGAUUUCUACAGUCGGCUGUUUGACUACCAUGGCCGGGUGGCCCCACCCCCCAGGGCGGUGAUCCCCUUAAAGCGCUCCCGGGUCCUGGCUCCAUCCACACGACGUGGGAAGACAUCCUUCCCCAUCAAGACCACCUCCUCUUCCUCCUCUUCCUCCAGACCACCCACCUCCUCCUCCUCCUCUACCUCUUCCGGACUCAAGUCAGUGAAGACGGACCAGCUCCAGACCAUUAAACGAGAGCUAACUCAGAUCAAGAUAAAGAUCGACUCUCUGCUGGGUCGCCUGGAGAAGAUCGAGAAACAGCAGAGAGCCGAGUCAGAGGCUCAAAGAAAGUACGAGGACAACUGUGACUCUCUCCAUGAGGAGUCUGUGUCGGAGACAGCUGAGAACUCCGGGGAGGAGGCGGGCAACAGGGCACUGGAUGUCGAGGCCGGAGAGAUGACCGACGGGGGCGAGGAUGACUACGACGAAGAGGGCAGCCAUCAUCUGAUAGAGAACCAUGUUUCUGACAUUGACAACUGAGAACAGGACGAGGGAGCGGACAUCUCUCCGUCUUCUCUACAGCAUCAAGAGACAUCCUCAUCACCUCCUAGAGAAACCAAAGGAUCUCUGGGGGAAGGAACCAUUGUGUGGUGUAAAAACAAGAUGGUAGUCUCCUUCUUUUCCAUCUCUCUCUCUCUGUGUAGCGGAGACGUUGAACAACAUUCAGAUGCCCCACUGUGCAGCAGUAACUAUAUGAAUAUGGCCUGCUGCUGUCAGAAAAAAAUAUAUAAUUUUACUGCAUCUGCCCGAAUUCACUCCUAGAUAUUCAAUUUGCAAUUGUUUUCAAGAGACUGAUUCAAUCAUAUUGAUGCUAGAGAGAGAAGAAAAUACUAAUUAAAAUUGUAGGGGAGUGGGAUAUUUGCUGAUGAUAACUGUCAUUCCCUUGAGUUAUGUUCAUAUUCGUUUGUGUAUGCCUUUUAUUUUCAGUGCUGAACACCGUCAAAGAGGACCAUUUUUGCAUAAGCGUUUACAUUUUUGUCCUGCCGAUUUGAUCUGUUUUUUUUCCCAUUUGGCCCGAAAGUAAUAAAUUAUGAUAAAUCAUGCACUAUCGAGAUCACAAAUGUUUUUUUUUUAAAGGAUUUGGAAAGGUACAGAGGAGCAUCAGUCUUACCCAUGCAUAAGCGAUCACUUUAGCGUAACUUUUCCAGAUUUUUCCAGAUUAUCCAUUUAUCACAUGCAUGUCCUGGGGGGGAUGAUCCAUUCUUUAUUCUGACCUCCUACCAAAUUUCAAAGGGGAAAAUGGGCUUCCUGUGAUAGCCAGCCAACGUCUGCUUUGGCUUCCUACCAGAGAACAGUGUCUCGCUGUAGCCAGCCCUGCACAGUUUGUACUACCCAGCAUGCAUCACUCUGUAGGAAGCUGUGCCCUCUCUCUCCACACGGAUCUGACCUGUACUCGGGAGAGGAGACAAGGAGAGAAACUUGUGUUCUUUUGCCUUAUUUGAGCUCACUGCACCGCAACCGCAGCACCACAUUGCGCAGAGGCUUAAAAACCUAGCAGAGCAGAAAUGAAAAGAGGGAGAAUUAUAGUGCUAUAUUGUCACUUAUCUCAUCCAAUUUAGAAAAUCAGCCAAAUUGAAUAAUUAAUAGAAUUGCUCCCAAUUAACUAAUUAGACUACUUUUAACUCAUUAUUGGGAUUGGAUGUUGAAAUAUUUUUCUGUUACUGAAAUUAUCAUUUGUAUGUUGAGAUUUCUCCUCUGAAAGAGGUCUUUGUAUUUGGAGUAGAAUUCAAAAGGUUCAGAAACUGCCUCUACACAAUAUUUGAUUUUCGUACAAUCCACUCAAAUUUGAUUUCUGUUUAUUAAUAUUAUCACUACUUUUGUAUUGUGGAAUGUCUUUAAGAAAAUGGUCAUACCACUCACUACCUGUUUUGAUUUCACAAUGAUAUAUCCCAUUCAUUACUGUCAAAAACAUAGUUUGAAAUUCAAUCAGGUCGUCACUGCAGUACAUCCACACUGCUCAAACACAUUGUCACUAUACCACUCAAAGCAUAUUUUAAGUAGAUAAAGUAAUACAUUAGAUAAUUAUGUAGGCCUACUAGGUGGAUCAAGAGAAAUGCUCAUUUUAAUACUAUUGAUAGGGUUUUUAGCCUCUGGUUCAGCAGUGUGGAUUUUUUAAAUUGCAGGCUUUGAUUGAAUCCUUAGCUGACACCAUUGAGUGGAGAAAAGAGUCUCCAUAGACCAAUUAUAUGGGUUUGUUUGUUUGUUUGUUUACUGACGGGUAAAUGCAAUUAGUAGUAUGUCAUGUUUUGCAUACAAGGUCAUCUUUAACUCAAAUCUAACUCCAUCAUUUUGUCUGCGGUUUAUGCUACUCUGCACCGUUGCAAACCUUGCUAUCAAAAGCAACGAGUGUAAUUUGGUGCCAGUGGAGAGGAUUAACCAAAAACCAUGGAAACAUCACAGAGUUGGAUAUGAUCUUAAAGCCCGGAAAAAUAGAUGAUAUCGUGUCCUUGUUGCAAUUGACCCCCUGUGUUUAAAAGAAUACUGUACUUGGGUUGGGAGUGGAAAAGGGUAUUUUAGAGAUGUGCAAUUAAAAAAUAUUGUUGCAUAGAAAUGUACAUUUUUGUAAAGAUAUUUUUAUGAAUGGCAUGUUUAAUCUGUGUUUUUCAUUUGAAUGUAUAUGGUUGCAACUGUUGUAUGGCUAUAGGGUCCAUUGCAUAGAACAUAAUACGAUGACGUUUCGUUGAAAAUAAAAGUGUUUUAUUUGUU